UUUACAACUAUACAAAAGUCUGCAAAAAUGAACAACUACAACAACGGUGACUACAAAGGUGGCAGAGAACAACACUUCGGUGGAAACAACAACUACAACCGCGGUUAUGGUGGAAACGGUGGAUUCGGUGGAAACCGUUACAACGAGAGAGUUGAACUCACCACCCCAGACUGGGACUUGGAAUCGUUGCCAAAGUUCGAAAAGAACUUCUACACUGAACACCCAGAUGUUGCUGCCCGUAGUGACAAAGACAUUGCUGCCUUCAGAAACGAACACCAGAUGAGCUGUUUGGGCUCAGACAUUCCUCAUCCCAUCACUACUUUCGAUGAGGCUGGAUUCCCAGAAUACGUGUUGAACGAAGUCAAGGCACAGGGUUUCCCUUCUCCAACUGCCAUUCAAUGUCAGGGUUGGCCCAUGGCUCUUUCUGGUAGAGACAUGGUGGGUAUUGCUGCUACUGGUUCGGGUAAGACCUUAUCGUACUGUUUGCCUGCUAUUGUCCACAUCAACGCUCAGCCCUUGUUGAGCCCUGGUGAUGGUCCUGUUGUGUUGGUUUUGGCUCCUACCAGAGAAUUGGCUGUUCAGAUUCAGCAAGAAUGCUCCAAGUUCGGAUCUUCUUCCAGAAUCAGAAACACCUGUGUCUAUGGUGGUGCACCAAAGGGUCAACAGAUCAGAGACUUGGCCAGAGGUGUUGAAAUUGUCAUUGCCACUCCAGGUAGAUUGAUCGAUAUGUUGGAAAUGGGUAAGACCAACUUGAAGAGAGUAACCUAUUUGGUUUUGGAUGAAGCCGACAGAAUGUUGGAUAUGGGUUUCGAACCUCAAAUCAGAAAGAUUGUCGACCAGAUCAGACCAGACCGUCAAACCUUGAUGUGGUCCGCCACUUGGCCAAAGGAAGUUCAAAACUUGGCUAGAGACUACUUGCAAGACCCUAUCCAAGUCAGAAUUGGUUCCUUAGAAUUGGCUGCCUCUCAUACUAUCACCCAAGUUGUUGAAGUUAUUUCGGAAUACGAAAAGCGUGACAGAUUGGUAAAGCACUUGGAAACCGCUACCACCGAGAAGGAGUCCAAGGUGUUGAUCUUCGCCUCCACCAAGAAGACUUGUGAUGAAGUCACUUCGUACUUGAGAGCUGACGGAUGGCCCGCAUUGGCUAUCCACGGUGACAAGCAACAGAGUGAAAGAGACUGGGUCUUGAGAGAAUUCAAGACCGGUAAAUCCCCUAUCAUGGUGGCUACUGAUGUUGCUGCCAGAGGUAUUGAUGUCAAGGGUAUCAAUUUCGUUAUCAACUUCGACAUGCCAGGUAACAUUGAAGAUUACGUCCACAGAAUCGGUAGAACCGGAAGAGGUGGUGCCACUGGUACUGCUGUUUCUUUCUUCACCGAUGGUAACAACAAGCUUGGUGGUGAUUUGUGCAAAAUCAUGAGAGAAGCUAAGCAAACCAUUCCUCCAGAAUUACAGAGAUUCGACAGAAAGAGUUUCGGUGCCCACAUUAGAUACGGUGGUGGACGUGGUGGUCGUGGUGGCUACGGCCGUGGACGUGGUGGUUACGGUGGACGUGGUGGUUAUGGUCAAAGAAACUACCAAACUGGAUCCAACCAGGCUCCUUUGUCCAACCGUCGUUUUUAAGCAGCUGUCCAUAUAAGGCAGUCGCUGUUAGGGCUUCAUUCGUGUAUCUUAGAAUUUAUAGAGUAUUUUCCUAGCAUUGCUAGAUCCAUUGCAUUUCUUAUCUAGUUUUAUUAUAUUUAUUUGUUGCA